AUGAACAAGAAAAAAGACACGAGGUUACAAGUUGAGUGUCUGCUAAUAUUCAAAGUGAGGAUGUCCAGUAAAGGUGGAAGGUCGGACCCUGCUUGGGGUCACAGUGAGGAAGUAAUGGUAGAGGCAGAGGGUCAAAAAAAGGCAUACAAAUAUCUAAAAUGUAAGUAUUGUAGCAAAAUCAUUAAGGGAGGGGUUCAGAGAGUGAAACAGCAUCUUGCUUGUACACACCAAGAUGUAGAGCCUUGUCCUAAUGUUCCAGAAAUAGUGAAAGAGGAAAUGCUUCAGUUUUUGAAAGCAUUUCAGGCUACUAAAUUAGCUUCUCGAACAGCCUUCGAAGAAAACGUAGCAAGUGGGGCAUACUACAACAGAGGUGGAAGUGUUGAUCCAUCAUUUACAACUGAAAUUUGGGACAUUAUCGAUAAGAAAUGGGAGUUGCAAAUGCAUCGUGAUUUGCACGCUGAUGCCUGCUACUUAAAUCCACAAUAUCGUUGGAGUCCCAAUGUUUCCGAGCAUCCGGAGAUUAAGCGAGGAUUGUAUGAUGUCAUGGAAAGGCUCGUGAAGGAUACGGCAGUUUAUAUGAAGAUUGAAGAUCAACUCGUUGCUUACAAAGAAAAAAGAGGAUUAUUUGGAUAUAGAGGUUCUUUAUCGACAUAUCUGACACGUCCACCGGUUACAUGGUGGGGUGAAUAUGGAGACGAUGCUCCAGAGCUCAAGUCCUUUGCAAUAAAGGUUUUGGGUCUUACAUGUUCCGCUUCGGCUUGUGAACGUAAUUGGAGUACGUUCAAUCAAGUCCAUACCAAGAGACGCAACCGGUUAAACACCGAAAGAAUGAACAACUUGGUUUACAUCAUGUACAAUAAAAAGUUGAAGCAAAAGUUCAUUAAGAGGACUAAAUUAAAAGAAGAUGACCCCUUAGUUGUUGAUCAUGUAUUGUCGGAUGAUGAGUGGAUAGCCGCCCCAAGUGAUGGUGAGGAAGAUGACAUUGGAGGUGGCGGGAUAUUAGGGGAGGAAGAUGGUGGGGUAAUUGGAAGUGCUAGAGCUGGCAGGGCUAUUGGAAGACCUAGAGGUGGCGGGACAAUUGGGGAAGGGAGUGGAACUAGGAAAAGGAAAAAUGUUCAAGUGAAUUUGAUUGACGAGGAUGACGGGGAUGAAGUGAAUUUGAUUGACGAUGACGAGGGUGACCGGUUUGAAAAUGAUGCGAAUGAUGCUGAUUAUUUUAUUUGAACUUUUCACUAACUUGUGCUUUUUUGUGUGUGUUUCUUAAGUGGCUGUUGUUUUGGAGUUUUAGACUUUGAUGUUCUAGACUUAUUUUAUGUUUUUGAAUGUGUUUUUUUAUAACUAAUGGAUUUGAUGGUGAAAUUAGCUUAAAAGGACAUGUUUAGUAUAU